AUGAUCGGCGAUCCAUACUGGGUCGACGAGAACUACCUCGCCGGUUGCUUCUCUCACACCGGCGACGUCGUCUCUAUCAAGAUCAUCCGCAACAAGAUAACGGGUCACCCCGAGGGCUACGGCUUCGUCGAGUUCGUCUCUCACGCGGCCGCUGAGUCUAUUCUUCAGUCUUAUAAUGGGCUUCAGAUGCCCGGCACCGAGCAGACCUUCCGGUUGAACUGGGCCUCUUUCGGCAUGGGCGAGCGGAGGGCCGACGGCGGCCCGGAUCAUUCGAUCUUUGUGGGGGACUUGGCGCCGGAUGUUACUGAUUACCUGUUGCAGGAGACCUUUAGGGCUCAGUAUCCUUCGGUUAGAGGGGCGAAAGUUGUGACCGACCCUAAUACGGGGAGGUCGAAGGGGUACGGGUUUGUGAAGUUUGGGGAUGAGACUGAGAGGAAUCGGGCGAUGACGGAGAUGAAUGGGAUGUAUUGCUCGACGAGGCCGAUGAGGAUCAGUGCGGAGGCAGCCAUAAGUUAA